CAAAGUAUAGGCAUGGUCAUAGGAGCGUGGUGGGCAAUGAAGAAAAGCUUAUUAGUGAAGCUGGGUGUGUAUCUGCUGGUCAUCGUCAUGGCUAAUUGCGCUCGGGAUAUCCCUGACUCUGUUGUCAAGAACCCUCCCGUAUACACCUGCGAAGACAUCAGUGAGACGUGGCGCGGGGGGCUGUGCGCCAAGCACGGCACCUGUAACAAGCCGUGCCAGGCGGAAGGGUACGACUCGGGCUUCUGUGCCCCCUUCCCCUUCCUGACCACCUGCUGCUGCAAGAAGAACUGUAUCGAUGCUCUGCAGCCACGCAGGAGCAGCUUUUUGUGCGGAUAAUAGUCUACCUUAUUAUUAACUAUGAGUGUACAUGCCAUGUACUAGUAUGGAUGCAUGCAUUGUUGGUGAAAUAAAUAAAUCUCGUUUCGACC